AACAUUCAACAAGACCAUCACACGCUUCUGUCUUUUCUUUCUCUCUUCUUCAACAAUGGCCAAAUGGAGCCACAAGGCUCGCAAGCACUCUUACAUCUCUGUCCCUUCUCAGAUCAUCAGCUCCUUAUCGUCUUCUUCUCUACAAUCUCUGCUUGAAUCACCCAAGAAAUCUUCCAGAAACUUCAAGUUCUUCUUGUCCUUCAGAAGCUCACGACUCUGGUUUCUCACUCUCUUCUUCGUUGGUUUCCUUGGGAUGCUCAAGUUUGGAUUCGACUUUGAUGUGCCGUUUUCUCCCUACCCUUGUGCUACACCUCAGCUGAAUCUCCCGGCAAUCUCAAACGGUCACUUUGAAUCUCCCCAUCAUCAAAAUCUUAAGAAAGACGAGGUUUUGGAUGAUACGAGGUUGUCGCUGUCCAAUGUAGAGGUGAAAGAGGAGGUUGAUGAUGGGGAAGUUGAGAAGAGCGAGUUCUGGAAGCAACCAGACGGAUUGGGUUACAGGCCUUGCUUGGGCUUCAGUAGGGAUUACAGGAAACAAACCGAAGGGAUUGUGAAGAACAGGAGGAAGUACCUCAUGGUUGUGGUCUCUGGUGGGAUGAAUCAACAGAGGAAUCAAAUUGUCGAUGCUGUUGUCAUUGCUAGGAUCCUCGGAGCUGCCUUGGUUGUCCCAAUUUUGCAAGUCAACGUCAUUUGGGGCGACGAAAGUGAAUUCGCUGAUAUAUUUGAUUUGGAGCACUUCAAGAGAGUCCUUGCAAAUGAUGUUCGAGUGGUUUCUGCAUUGCCUUCGACACACUUAACGACCAGACCAGUGGAAGGAAGCCCUCCACUUCAUGUCACUCCAAGCUGGAUACGCUCUCGGUAUCUCAGAAGACUUACCAGAGAAGGUGUUUUGCUCUUACGUGGCUUGGAUUCAAGGCUGUCGAAGGAUCUUCCUCCUGAUCUUCAGAAGCUUCGAUGCAAGGUUGCUUUUCAUGCCUUAAGGUUUGCGAGGCCAGUUCAAGAACUUGGUGACAAGAUUGCCGAGAGGAUGAGAAGCAAGGGACCAUACCUUGCCCUUCAUCUUCGAAUGGAGAAGGAUGUAUGGGUGAGGACCGGGUGCUCUCCGGGUCUAAGUCCCAAGUUUGAUGAGACAGUACACAGUGAGAGGAUAAACCGGCCAGAGCUAUUGACUGCAAAAUCAAACAUGACUUCCCAAGAAAGGAAGCUUGCUGGUCUAUGCCCCUUGAAUGCUGUAGAAGUAGUCAGGCUGCUUAAAGGUCUAGGAGCUCCUAAGAAUGCAAGAAUCUAUUGGGCUGGAGGGCAACCAUUGGGCGGAAAAGAAGCUUUGCUUCCGUUAAUCCAAGAGUUUCCACAUUUUUACAGCAAGCAUGAUCUUGCUGUGCCGGGUGAACUAGAACCGUUUUCCCAAAAAGCGUCUCUGAUGGCUGCCAUAGAUUAUGUAGUUUCCGAGAAGAGCGAUGUUUUCAUGCCAUCUCAUGGAGGAAACAUGGGCCAUAUGCUUCAGGGUCACCGGGCGUAUGCUGGGCACAAGAAAUUUAUCACACCAAACAAACGACAGAUGCUUCCCCAUUUUCUGAACUCUUCCCUUCCUGAAGCAGAGUUCAACAGAAUCAUCAAAGAACUUCAUCAUGAGUCCUUAGGGCAGCCGGAGCUCCGGAAGCCCGGGAGGGAUGUCACCAAGUAUCCGGUCCCUGAGUGCAUGUGCCAAGACUCACGAGCUGGAUCUCACCUGUAAUUUAACACCAAACUUACUGGUAUGCCAAAAAAAAAAAAAAAAAAAGCCCUGACAAGAAGGAAAAUGAAGGCCUGUUUCUGCAGUUCCUACUACAAUUUUGAUCUGCCAGAUGUCGAUCGACUAAUCAACCGGGCUUUGGGUGUUCUGCCACAGUUUGUUGUGAAGCAUGCCACUCUCUUCAGGUGUACAAAUAUGAAUUAUUGCUAAAUAUACUUUGAUGCAAAGGGGAUCCCACAAGUCAAUUGAUAGAAUACACAAUAAUGCACAGCAGAAAAGAUCAUUCUUUAAUUCUUUUAUACGCAUAAGGGAUUGUAUAGGAUUGCUUUGUGUAAUUCUUUGCACCAUACUGCAGAUGUAUGCAUAUAUUUGUAUAAAUUAAAGCUGAGAUUUAUCAUGAA